AUGGCGAGGAAGGUGGUGCGGGCGGCGGGAUGGUGCCUGACCUGCCUGGACGCGCUGGAGGCGGCGGGCGACGCGGCCUCGCUGCGCGGCCCCUUCGCGGAUCUGGCCGCGGCGCUGCGGGGCCUGGGCGGCCUGACCGCGCGCGGGCCCGGGGGGCGCCUGGGCCGCGCCGGCCGCAUGCUGCGGCGCUGUGUCCCCGCGCUGCUCGCGGCCGCCCGUGGCCACCUCCGGCGUCCGCGCGACCCGCAGCUGGCGGCCUCCCGGGGCCACGUUUUCGCUCUGACCAGGCAGACGCUCGGCGAGCUCCUGGCGCGGCUGGAGCCCGGCGCCGCGGCCCCUGCGUCCAGUGCCCGGAGCGGCGCGCUCCCCCGGCGCCUGCGGCAGCUGCGCGAGCUCCUGGCGGCGCCCGGGCCCGGGCAGGCGCGCGAAGGCCCGCGGGACGCGCUCCUGGCCGCCGUGCUCUGGCCCUGCAUGCGCCUGGCCGCCUGCUCCGCGCCGCCCGACAGGCUGCGCCUGGUGGCCCUCUGCCGCCGGCUGCUGGAGCUGCGGGGCGCCGGCCGGCGCCUGGGCCGGAUCGAUGGGUCUCCGGGGACAGGCCUGGCGAGCCUGCCGCCGGGGCAGGAGUGCGCAGCGCUGCAGGCCGCGACUGAGGCCCUCGCCCAGGGAGUCCGCGCUGGGUUACUGCGCCAGAUCCUGGACACGUUCACCGACACGCAAAGUCCUCUUCAGAGGCUGGUCCAGGCCGCCUUGGCCGCUCCCCCUUUCAGCUCUCCGCGCGAUGCCGAGGGCCAGCCAAAGAGCCUCCAGCUUCUCCUUGCUGAUUUCCAGGACCAGGCCAAGCAGAUGCUCAGAGUGGCGCACUUAGUCUGGGUUUGCUGCUCCCGACAACAAACUGGCAAAGACGUCGAGGCCACCACGGCGGGCCUCUGGGAGCUUGUGGUCAGAGUGCAACAGCUUUUCUCGCAAAGCCCCGAAGGGUCUGGUCCGGACUGGAGCCCCGCCGCCCUGCAGGCCGUGCUUCAGGCGUGGGCCAGGGCAUCUGAAGGCCUACUGGCCUGUUUUGACGACGUUCUCAAUAUUCCUGAGUUCCUGGGUGUGUCCAUUCAGGAAAUGACCAAGCGCUUGGACUUCUUUACAUGGGCUUUGAGGAAGAGAGAUUCUAGAGAGUUUUCUCGACUCGUGGCAUAUUUACAGGGCCGAGCCACGCACAUAGGGCAGGUGAUGAGCAGGUAUGUGGACCAAGAUCGAGAUCCCAUUUUCCGGAAUGGCCUGAGAGUCUUGAUUCGGCAGCUGGAGGAAUCUUCCCUGGUCCUGGGUGCAGCUGCUGAGCGCUGUUCAGGUGGGCACAGCUCUCAGGACACAGAUGCGUUUUUAACCAUGGCAAAGCAUCUGAUCUGCUCAGCUCAGAGCAUCCGAGAGGGUCUGGAUGGGACUAACCACCCAGAUAUCCUCAGCCCCCUUCGACACCAAGUCCAAAGGUUUGAUAUUGCUAAGAGACAGCCUUAUUUUAUUCUCCCCAGCCUUCAGGACUCCAUAGUUUCUGAACUGAAACACCAAAGGGGCUCUGGGUUAGGGAAAAGUGAUCUAGGCACCUCCUAUCCGCCCAGGGACCAUCUUUCCAGUCCCUGGAUUCCUGGCACCCGUCCACAGAGGGGGGGCUCUCCACUUCCUGCCAUCAGCAAACUUGUCCUUGCUGUAGAGAGCCAGGCAGUGACUUCAGCUUGCAGCAGCCUGCAGGAUCAGGAUGCAGCUGUGGAUGCAGCUCAAGAGGCCUUGGCUAGGGAGGGACCACUGGGGUUGAAGAGGAUGACUGGACUCGAAGAAAUCUCAACACUGGUACCUUCUGCUAGUGACUUAGCAGGGGAGAUAGCACAUUGUACAACUGCUGGAACUGAUAGGCUUGUGGAAGUGGCUCUGCAACUGUCUGGCAGAACUAGGGAAACCAGGCAGGGUUUAGUAGCCAUGGCUGGUGACUGGUACCCUCUGUGUCAACAGCUAUUUUGCAACGACCCAGCAGCUGAUCUUCGAGAAAACAUGGCAGUGUUUGUGGAGCUUCAGCAGAAUUUAGCCUCAGUGGUUCAACUAGCAGCAAAAAGUGGGCCCAUGGAUUUGGGUAAAAAGGAUUCUGACUCGACUGGGCAUCCAGAAGCACUUUUACAAAUGCAAGGCAGACUGCAGGAGGCAGAGACCCACGCUAAACAGCUGUUGGACAAGAUUCUGGCCUCUGAUGGCCUCCAAGACCUCAAGUCAUGGGAGGAGAGCAUUGAGGAUGGGUGCCUUCUAUGGUCAGUGACUAUCCAAGACCUGCUCCAGUGCAUGGAGAGGCUCAGCGGGAGACAAGGCCUGUUCUUGUUCCUGCGACAAGCUGUGAAUGACCAGCAAGGGCUGCAGGAAGGGUUGGCUCAGGCAGCAGAUGUUUCUCGGAGGCUACAAGAGGCUGCCAGGCUGUCUUCCCUACUGUGUGGGGAGGAGAAAGUAAAGGGUGAAAUCUCCUUUCUGUGCAGGGAAGUUCAUGUGCUCACAGAAGCUCUGCUGGAUGUGGCACAGAUCCUGGCCUCCUCCCCCAAACCAUCACCCAGCCUGUCCACACGCUUUGAACUUCUCUACUUGGAGCUCACCCUUCGAGCCAAGGCCCUGACUGGCCAUCUCAGCAGCAUCAAUGCAGACUAUGAACAUGCCCUCCAAGCUGCCUUCUGCCCAAGACUUUCUGUCUGCAGAGACCCCCAGACCAGGCCAGAAAGCUCCCUGGAAAGAAUGGUGUCUGGUAUCCAAGCUGUGCAAGAAAUCGUGGCAGGAGGUCAGGAGUCUGGGCCCUGCCAGGAGAGUCUCCUUGUGGCGCUGGAGAGCAUUCUUGUCCUCACCAAGGAGGUAGCCCAGAGGGUCCCUGUGGUCCGAGAACACCCAGAGGAGUGGGGAAUGCACAUCCUGGACUGGCUUCAGUGGGAGUGGGCAGCUAAGGCCCACCAUGCUGUGACCCAGCUCCAGGCUUGGAAAGGUGGUCACACCAAGGCCUGGAGACUCCUGGCCCAGUGCUUGAAGCCCAGUAGUGAGACAGCAGUGAUGAAGCCCAGUGAUGAACAGGACCCUGUCCAGCGCCAGCUCCACCAUGCGGAGGGUGCAUCAGGAAUGGCUGCAGCGGGCAGUAUGGAUUCUCAGGGUGCUGCCCCAAGAGACACCCCAGGGAGCUCAGUGGGGACCUGCACUGCUGAUCCAGGCAUCGCUGGGACAAUCACAGCAGACCUGGGCACGCAGCAGCAGAGCGGCACCCCCGCCAGCGCCCCUGGCUGUCCAGCCUGGCUGCGCGCUGAUCUGGACCAGCCUCUGCCGGAGGACGGCAGCGCGGACAGUGGGAACAGAAUCACCCAGAUUACCCGGGAGAUGGCCAAGGAGGUGUUCCUAAUGGCCCAGAGUUUGAGGAGGAGAGGACGCAUCAUGGUACUUGGCCUUUGUAGGGGAGGAAGACAUUUCCUCUUCCCAAAUGUGCGUUCGUCUGGCUGGAGAAUGAAUUAAAUUCACAUGAGACAGAAUAGCAAGAGAAAAUUAAACAAAGCUUUAUGAGGAA